AACCAUCGCCCCGCCCCGCCUCUAGUACUGUCCUGACUGCCAUAUGUGCUGCGGUCACAGUUGGACAUGUAUCAUUCACAGUGAGCCAGCUAACUACGACAGACACCAGUUUCUUUACCAACAGUGCGUAUGUUCUUGACUGCACUCUUAUGCUGUAAAACAGUUGUGAGUACCCAGCUUUUGAGUGCCGUGACCCGGUACAGGGCCGAUAGUUGUUGAAGAAAGCUUCUGUCAUCCGCCUGACGUUGUUGACGGUGAGUACAUGACAGUAUUGCCUGGAUGAGACCCUAGCCGUGGUAUCUACAAAACAAGAUUACCCCUGCCAAAAAGGAUUUACAACAGAGCUGGUAGACUCUUGUUCUGCAGUGUAGUGCUCACGGUGUCUGUCGGACACACGAGACCACCGACCGCUACGACACCGUCAGACGGGCCUAGGUGCGUACCUACCGCCGAGGGCAGACAGCGAAGUGCACGCUGGAUUAAGCUUGUUCGGGAAUAGACACUGUUGUUGCACACGCGUCGAGUACAAUUUAUAGCAGGGCAACGGGUCAUUUCCUAAUUUUACGCUGGACAUUCCAGACCGUCGACGCGCGGCUGUGGCUUUAGAUUUGCGGCGCGACCUGAGUCAUCCAGGCGGCAUCCGGACGACGUCAGCCCCGCCGGCACGGCAUCAGCUCUUCGGUGAUGACGACAAGUCCUCUUUGUCUUUCAUAAAAUAGUUCACGUAUAUGUAGGACAGUGUCCUAACUCGUCAGAAUUUGUCUACGUGACUUGAAAUACGUUCUGCUUUCAUUUAUGGCGCUGCAAAGCAAGUGGAAGACAACCUAGUUCAGAGGGACUUCCUGAAAAAAAUUUGACAGGUUGCGGUUCCGCUUGAAGAGGAAAUCACCCAUUACAGUUCAGAGCAUUUCUUCAUCUAGGGUGCAACUCCAAACACGGACAUUGUACGUAGUAUAAUUCGGAGCUUCUAGGAAACGAUCUUUCGCUCUUGUGAGUCUUCAGUUUCUGUGUCUGACACCCAAGACCGUCGCUAUGGCAACGGCAAGAUCACCAAUAGAGGUGCUCCUAACAGAGGACAAACUCCAGGACUUUCAGAGGAAAGCGGCGAUGUCCACCGAGGACGAGGAGGACAAUGACUCGGGCAGUGAGAGUUCCACGUCGUUGCACUCGUUCGGUCGGCACGGUGCCGAGAAGAGGCCGCAGAGGAGGAAGAAACCCAAGCUAACAGGAGUCAGCAAACAGAGACAGCAGGCAAACGCACGGGAGAGAGACAGGACGCACUCCGUCAAUACAGUUGACUCUGAGAGCAAUCGCGAGAAAGCCCGGACUCAGAAUUUGAACACAGCCUUCACCACCCUGAGAACGAUGAUCCCCACCGAGCCUGCCGACAGGAAACUCUCCAAGAUCGAGACUCUCAGAUUGGCGACGUCUUACAUCAGUCACCUGGCCACGGUCCUGAUGUAUGGAGACGGGUGUCUAGAGGCGCAGCCGUGUCUGAGAAGACAACAGUACCUACAUCCGGGCACUGAGAACAAACCAACCCCUAUCUGUACCUUCUGUUUGGCGCACAAAAAGAACACGGGAAAGUGCGAUAGGGAACGGCCAGUUUUUCCGCCAGGCAUGCGGGAGGUCAUGCAAGGUUACUUCCAGAGUUGAUGCCCCCUCCCCCAUCAUCAGUUAGUUCUUUAUAUAGUUUUUACGUUGUACAGUAUUUAGUAGUGUUGAUUAUAGAUAGAUGCCAGGGACUGUUGUUGUUGUCACGAAGAAAAAGCCUGCUUGUCGGGUGUGUUUUAUGGAUUUUUAAAAGAUUCUGGAAAUCUUUUCUCUGCAGUUUGCAAGUUUGUCAUUCUUUUGGACCCCAUGUUUUCUUGUCAUGUUUGAAGCAUAUAUAUACUAUUUCGACACUGUUCGACGUUAGAAGAACGUAAGGGUCUUAGAGGGAUUUUCAAAAAGAAAGAAGGACAACAAUUGAGCUUCAAGAGCUAAUUGAAAUGCUUCGUUUUGCUAUUGUCUUCAUAUACAAUCAGUGUUAGCUGUUUGAAUUGGACAACUUCUCCCGAACUUUGAACGUUACACCACAUC